AUGGGUUGCACAAAUUCAUAAGACAAGUUAGUAAAUGGAGAGUAGCCUUCAAAAAAAAACACAAAGGAUAACUCUGCUGUGCAUAUUGACACUAUUGAAAAAUUUAACGUCACAUCAUCCAGUCUUGUUUAGGAAAAGUACGGAAAAAUCAGCAAAGAUUAUUAGCUGCUGAAUCCCCCUUUAGGAAAAGGUGCUUUUGGUGAAGUUAGAAAAUGUGUUCAUAAAGCUACAAAUUUAACGAGAGCAGUUAAGAUUAUUAGUAAAGCCUAAACACCUAAAGCGGAACAGGACCGUCUUAAACAAGAAGUAGAGAUUCUUAAAUAGCUAGAUCACCCAAAUAUCAUUAAGAUUUAUGAGUUUUAUUAAGACUAGAAGUAUUUUUAUAUUGUGACUGAAUUAUGUACUGGUGGAGAGUUAUUCGAUAAAAUUAUAGAAGAAAGAUCGUUUGACGAGCGCAAAACUGCUGAAACUAUGAGAUAAAUUCUUCAGGCUGUCAAUUAUUGCCAUAAAAAUAAUAUAGUCCACAGAGACUUAAAACCAGAAAACAUUCUUUAUGAGUCUAACAAACCAGGUGCUUUACUUAAGGUCGUUGAUUUUGGUACUUCACUUGCUUAUGAUCCCAAUGUAAAAAUGAAUCAAAAACUAGGUACUCCAUAUUAUAUAGCACCAGAAGUGUUAUCCAAAAAGUAUGAUGAAAAGUGCGAUAUAUGGAGUUGUGGCGUUAUUUUGUAUAUUUUGUUAUGCGGGUCUCCACCAUUCAACGGUGAAAACGACGAAUAAAUUAUGAAUAGAGUUAAAAUCGGAAAAUUUUCAUUUGAUAGUGAAGAUUGGGCUGGAAUUUCUGAUGGAGCUAAAAGUUUAAUUGCUAAAAUGUUAGAGAAAGAUCCAACAAAAAGAUUAUCAGCUUAAGAUGUUUUGAAUGACCCUUGGCUUAAGCAAGCAUCAGGCAUAGAUGUAGUUGAUAAGCCCACUCUGAAGAGAGCUCUAAACAACAUGCAGACCUUUAGAGCUGGUAAGAAAUUACAAGAAGCUACUUGGAUGUAUUUAGUCAAUUACCUUGCCUCAAAAGAAGAGAAAAACGAAUUACUCAAAGUUUUCUAAUCAUUAGACACAAACAAUGAUGGUAAACUCCAAAGAGAGGAAUUAAUCUAAGGAUAUAAAAAGAUAUUCAAUCACCCAAACCCAUAAGAAGAAGUAGAUAAAAUUCUUACAGUUGUAGAUAAAAACUAGUCUGGUGAGAUUGAUUAUUCAGAAUGGGUAGCAGCAACUAUUAAUCGUGAAAACCUACUUUCGAAGCAACGUUUAGAGUUAGCAUUUAAAAUGUUUGAUCAAGAUGGUAGUGGUACAGUGACCAAGGAUGAGCUUAAGCAAAUGUUUUAAGGUAUGGGUAAUGUAGAUGAUAAAGUAUGGAAGUAAUUACUAAACGAAGUUGAUGACAACGGAGAUGGCUAGAUAUCAUAUAAAGAGUUUAAAGAAAUGAUGCUUAAAUUAAUAGAUCCAUCUGCUGCUGGUUCUAGCUGA